UUAGCACAUGAUUAAAUAAAUCUUUCUAAUCAGUUUUCAGGUUCCAGAAUUCAAAGUGGAAUCCUGAACUAUGUCAACAUUCCCCAUGCAGGCAGCUCCCAACAGCAGCACUUCAAUGGCCCCCACAUUCCUGCUAAUGGGCAUGCGAGGCCUGUCAACUGCACCCUCCUGGUGGAUGAUACCCCUCAUCAUUGUCUACAUUCUCUCUGUCCUGGGAAAUGGUACUAUCCUCUGGAUCAUUGCUUUGGAGCCCACCCUACACCGUCCAAUGCACUUCUUCCUUUUUUUGCUUAGUGUGUCUGAUGUUGGCUUGACCACGGCUCUGAUGCCCACCCUGCUAAGCCUUGCCCUUGCUGGUGCCAAUGCUGUCCCUGCCUCAGCCUGCCUUUUACAGAUGUUUUUUGUCCAUGUCUUUUCUGUCAUGGAGUCCUCUGUCAUGCUCGCCAUGGCCGUCGAUCGGGCACUGGCCAUCUGCCGCCCUCUCCAUUACUCAGCAAUCCUCACCAACGGUGUCAUUAGCAAGAUCAGCUUGGCCAUUGCUUUCCGAUGCCUAGGCCUUCAUCUGCCUCUGCCAUUCCUCCUGACCCACAUGCCCUACUGCCAUCCACAGGUCCUGACCCAUUCUUACUGCUUGCACCCAGACAUAGCCCGAUUGGCCUGCCCAGGAGCUUGGGGUGCAGUCUACAGCCUCUUUGUGGUCCUGUCAGCCAUGGGAUUGGACCCUCUACUUAUUUUCUUCUCCUACGGCCUGAUUGGCAGGGUAUUACUAGGUGUGGCAUCCAGGGAGGAUCGAUGGAAGGCUGGUCAAACCUGUGCUGCCCAUCUCUCUGCUGUGCUCCUCUUCUAUAGCCCUAUGAUCCUUCUGGCACUGAUUCAUCAUCUUAAGCUGCCAAUCCCUCAGCAUUUCCAUACUCUUCUCUCUUAUGUCCACUUCCUGCUUCCUCCACUGAUGAACCCUAUUCUCUAUAGCGUCAAGAUGAAGGAAAUUAGAGAGAGAAUACUCAACAGAUUGCAGCCCAGGAAGGUGGAUUGCGCUCAGUGAGAAGAAAGUCCUUCUACCUCUGGUGGUACAGGGC